UAUCCCUUUGCAGGAGUCAAAUUAAAUAUUUUAUCCCUACCAAAGUCAGGUAAAAUGCUGUUUAGAGAUCUUCCCUUUGAUUUUGGCUACUGGACACAUAUACAUGCACAUACAAACAAAAUGAUAGAAGUGUUCUAUGAGACUUCCACAUACUGUUCACACAAGCUCCUGGAUAGAUGCAACUUAAUUUAAAACUGAAAUGCUUAGUUCCGAUUUCCUUCUGCACAUCAGAAAAGAAGGCAGAGACACUCCUGAGAUUAUUUAUUUAUUUAUUUACCAUAACUAUAUCCCAUCUUUCUUAACCAUGGAGGGGACUCAAGGAGGCCUUACAACUGGCAGCAAUUUGAUGCCAUACACACACACACAUAUCAAAUGAGCAAUUACAAUUAAAACCAAUAAUUAAAACAUCAAUUUUUAAAAACAUCAGUUAAAACAAUUAAAAUAACACAAUCCAAAAAAAUCCAUUUGUAAAUCACAUUGUUUUAUAGUUACAUAUUGCACUUCUCCAAUUGCUUGUCAAAAGCUUGGCCCAAAGCUUGAGUUUUUUCCUGAAGGUCAGGAAAGAGGAGGCAGAUCUGAUCUCACUGGGGAGGGAGUUCCAUAAUUAAGAAGCCACCACUGAGAAGGCCCUGUCUCUCGUCCCCACCAUUCGCGCCUGUGAAGGAGCUGGGACCGAGAGCAGGGCCUCCCCAGACGAUCUUCAUCUCCGAGGUGGUUCAUAGAGGGAGAUAGUUCAAGGCAACUUCACAUAGCACUAAACUUGGUAUUACAUCCAAGCAUACUAACACUCACAGAUCCCAACAACCUUCCCAAUAUCUCAAAAUAUCCAUAUGCUUAACUAAAAUCAAUGACUAUUUUUUUGUGUUUGCCAUGUCCCAUAAUUUUAUUUGCAAAAUUCAUAUCAAUGGUGAUUUUGUCUUUGGUUCCAUUAUGCAGCAGGUGACAACUUCAUAGCUGCCAAAAGGUUAGAUCAUUCAGGCAGGGUACAGGUUGGGUGGGGAGAUUAUAACUAUAUAAUGUCAGUACAAAAGGCUGUUGUUGAAAAGGACAACCACACAAGAAGGUAGACCUAAUUUCCUGUGUGUUUCCCUGUCUCUACUUUGCAUCAUUGACUUGUGGAAUAGAGAAGUGUCAUUUUUUAAGGAUGUUUGAACCUUUCUGAGAAGGGUGGGAGAAAUCAACACAGGGCUGCUGUUUGAAGCAGCAUCAUUGGGCUGAUGAUAAAAACUAGUUGCAGAAAUACACAAGUUCUCCCUGUGAUCACUUAAAUCCAUGGAUGCUCAAGUCCCAUUAUGUACAAUGGAGUAGUAAAACUCCUUUAUAUAAAAUAGAACAAUCAAGGUUUGCUUUUGGGGUUUUUUUAAUACAUGGGGUGCAAAAAUGUAUACACAUUUUAAGAGAUAUUGUCUAUGUAUUAUUUUUCAAAGUUGAAUUACAGUAGCAAUGUGUAGUAUGAAAUUCACUCAAAAGAUAGCAUUAAUCAAAUGCUAUCGUCACUAUGUGCCAGGCAGGUGGUUAAAGAAAAUGUUGAAAGCAUGGUUGUUGUUUAAGGAGCACAAGAUCAUUUUGAAACGCUAUUUGCAAUUUGAGAAUGCUGGAGAAGUACAGCAACAAUAGAGGCAUCCAACAUGUUUUAACAACUGCACUUGUUCCUGAUUGGUUUGAGACGCAUGGUACUGUGUGUGUUGUGCACAAGGGAAGAUCCAGGAGACUUUGUACAGCAACAAGCUCUGCUACUCCUAUGAUGCUGGAACAGUUUACAUGCUCGCCAGAGACAUCUACCAAACAAUAUGCAAGUGAGACAGGAGUUAGUGGAACAAGUAUUCGGCACAUUCUUAAAACAGCAAAAUAGAACUUUUCAUCCCAAGAUUAUUACAUGAACUGAAUAAAGAUAACCCUGAUCACAGGGUACAGUACUGUGAAUGAUUCCAAAAAAUAGUAUGGGAGGAUGAGUUCGUGGAGAAAAUUAUUUGGUUUGAUGAAGCACGGUUUAAAUUGAACAGAAGGAUGAAGAGGUGGGGCCGAGUUUCUCCCACAUUCUCCAGACUUAACACCACUUUACUUCUAUCUAUGGAGACCUUAAAGGAUGUGAUGUACUAUAGAAACCUACUACACUGGCAAUUCUUCGGGAAUAAAUUGAAACGGCAUGCACAGCAAUACUAGUGCACACUUUGGUCAGUGAUGCUCAGGCAGUAGUCCACCAUAAUCAAAAGUGUCUGGAAGCUGAUGGAGCGACUGAGCACCUAUUGUAAUUGCAGAAGCCAAAUGUGACUUGUAUUUAUCUUUUGUUCUUGGUAUAUAUUAUUACAAUUUUAAUGCAGCCUUUUCCUAUCUUAAAAUGUGUAUAUAUAUAUUUGGCAUCCUUGGUAUUUGCCAUGGAUGGUUGAACCUAUGAAUGCAUAAUCUGUAGGUACAGAGGGCUGACUGUACCUCCACUGAAUUGAGAAGUGUUUUGAAAGAGUCUUGACUAGGUCAAAAAUGAGUAUUUGUGAUUUUGUAAUCUGAGGACAAACUUUAAGGAUUUUUUUUAACCUGGUAGAUCGCAUAAGAGAUGCUGUUAUGUGUUUAGUAAUGGUGUGAAAGAAUCUGUCCAGUGGGCAGGCACAAAUUCACUUUCUUCUGGAUCUUGAAGUGAGAUGGACUCAAGGGGAUCAAGCUUUAACUUGAGUCAAGGACCAAACUUGGAAUAACAGAUGAAAUGACUCUCCUCAAAUAUGCAGAUCAUCACAGCACUGACCGACAGAUAAGAUUGAGAGUUAAGAACAUCCAGAUUGGAGACUGGUUUCCAGGCGAGCUUCUGCUCUAGAAUCUAUUCAUUUUAGAUAUUCACCAAGAUAAAAUAUCUAAAUGAGGUAUGUUUGAAGGCUGUAAUUUCAUCAAUGUAUCAGAUCUUAACUAUAUGGAAAUGUAAAACACAGACUUCGGCCAAUCUAUUCUGCUUGUUGGAAGAAAUUAAUCAAAGAAUGCUGAUGAAGUUAAUUUAGUCCUUAAGAAGACAGAUGGUAGUGCUAUCUGAUUCGUUAUUCAAUUAUACUAUCUUCCUAACCUAAAAGAUCUGCAAGUCAGAAUAUGUUGAUUUGUAGAACCGUUUCAUGCCUGAGUAUAUUUUGUGCUUUAAAAACAACCAUAUUGAAUUUGCAUGCCAAGUAACUUUGGAUUCUUUAUAAAUUAUGCAAAAUAGUAAAAUGCCAUAUGCUUGUUUUGUAUAAUUAAUUUGGCUUCUACUAGAUUUGAGAAGGGGCAUAAAUCUAGAAGAGCAAUGAAAUUGCAUCAUUGACCCAUUAGAACUAAUCGCCUUUCUCUAAUACCCGGGCUAAGCAUUACCAAAACAUUACUGAACAUAGCAAAUUUAGCUUUCAGUUCAAUGCUCUCAAUGUCCCUUCAGGAAUAAGUCCCUUUAAAUUUAGUGGGACCUGUUUCCAUGUAAGACAGUGGUUCUCAACCUGUUGGUCCCCAGAUGUUUUGGCCUUCAACUUCCAGAAAUCCUAACAGCUGGUAAACUGGCUGGGAUUUCUGGAAGUUGUAGGCCAAAACAUCUGGGAACCCACACAUGGAGAACCUGGAGAAUCACAGGUUGAGAACCACUGAUGUAAGAGUUAUAAGAUUGUAGCCCCGGCGCCUGAGAGCCUGACAUUUGACUUAGGUGCGCCUUGGUUUCAGUCUGUUCUGCUGACAAAUUACUAGGUAAUCAUAAGGAAACUACAUUUUCUCAGCCCACCCCACCAUUACUAUCUUAGGCCCCUUCCACGCAGCUGAAUAAAAUCCCACAUUUUCUGCUUUGAACUGGGAUAUAUUUCAGUGUGGACUGAGAUAACCCAGUUCAAAACAGAUAUUGUAGAAUUUUCUGCCUUGAUAUGAAGGGCCCUAAGUUAUUCUAAGUAUAAUGCUGUUCCUACAUGCCUUCUUGACCACAACUUAUGACAACCCUCUCAUAGGGGCUUGACAAUUUUUGUUCAGAGGAGGUUUUGUCAUGCCUUCCCCUAAGACAGAGAGUAUGACUUGAUCAAGGUUCCCCUGUCUGAGCAGAAAUCUGAACCUUGUUCAACACUCAAACCACUACAUAAGCUGUCUCAUAUAAGAGUAAUAAAUUAUAGGUACAAAGCCUGUGUGUUUUGAUUGGGUGUGAUUUUUAAAAAGGAUUUACAGUAGAGUCUCAGUUAUCCAACAUAAACGGGCUGGCAGAAUGUUGGAUAAGCGAAUAUGUUGGAUAAUAAGAAGGGAUUAAGGAAAAGCCUAUUAAACAUCAAAUUAGGUUAUGAUUUUACAAAUUAAACACCAAAACAUCAUGUUAUACAACAAAUUUGACAGAAAAAGUAGUUCAAUACGCAGUAAUGCUAUGUAGCAAUUACUUAUUUACGAAUUUAGCACCAAAAUAUCACGAUGUAUUGAAAACAUUGACUACAAAAAUGCGUUGGAUAAUCCAGAAUGUUGGAUAAGCGAGUGUUGGAUAAGUGAGACUCUACUGUACUUCCAAUAAGACUUGGUAUGUAGGGCAAAUGCUUGGUAAGGGUCAAUUUUGUCCCCUGACAUUAAAUCUAGUCGUGUCCGACUCUGGAGGUUGGUGCUCAUUUCCAUUUCAAAGCCAAAGAGUUGGUGUUGUCCGUAGAUGCCUCCAAGGUCAUGUGGACGGCUUGGAUGACAUCUUUAUUCCCCCAAGUAGAGGUAUUGUUCAUUGUACUUUGUGAAGCGCUUCUAUGUGUAAGGAAGAUGAGCUUGAUGGAAAAGGUCAUAGAGGAAAUAUUCGGAUAGUGUGUGUGUGUGUUGUGCACUAUAACUCCCAGAAUCCUGCCCACAUGCAGGGGAGCAUAAUGGAUUAGGUUGAUAAUUGUAACCUUCCACCCUACCCUACCCCCAGCAGUUUUUCAAAGCUCUAGUCCAGUGAUUCUCAACCUGGGGACCCCAGAUGUUUUUGGCCUUCAACUCCCAUAAAUCCUAACAGAUGGUAAAUUGGCUGGGAUUUCUGAAAGUUGUAGGCCAAAAACAUCUGGGGACUCCAGGUUAAGAACCACUGCUUUAGUCCAAAGUCUUCCCCAUGUUCCUAUUUCUCUCCCUGCCUUGUUCUGGAAUGACCUGAUGAGGUGCAAAUUUGUAGAUCUGAGUUGGUGAAUGUGGGAUCCGGGCCGCAAUGUCUCUUUGAGACCUCAUAGGCAAAUGAGUCAUAGUCAGGUUCCUUCUUUCCCUCUCAUACACACUAUUUUGACAGUUCCUACCAGUCCCCAGGGAGUGGACUGAGCUGUUGCAUUACUGUCUCAGGCAGUUUGGCCUACUAUUCAUGCUAAAGCUCCUUUCCAGUGUCCAAUUUCUCUGUGUCAGCCCUCCCAAUGGAUGGCAGCUGUCUUUCCCCCUCUCGCCCUGUCACUUGAGUUCCUCGCGGUGCUGGGACAGCAAAGUUUUAUACAUUAAGACCUGGCAAGGGGAAACUCUUUAUCUCCCAUGGAUCUCUAAAGUGAGAUAUUGGGCAAGACCGAAGAGAGUGAGUUUUUAAGGAUUGCCUGAUAUUUUUCAGAAAGAUUUAAUCUGCUGGAAAGUGAUAGCUUUAUUCUUGGAGUAUGACAGAAAAAGAGGUCCUUGAGCCACCCGCAUCACCCACAUCUGAAGGGGGGAAAUCCACAGAAGGGCUGCAGCGGCUAAAGCAGAUUUUCCAACGUAAGCCCAAUGAAGAAGAGGAAGAUGCUGCCCCGGAGGAGCCACAGGCCAAUGGAGAGCUGGUCAGCCCUUCAGGGGGACCGAUCUACUACAUCUAUGAAGAAGAAGAGGAGGAGGAGGAGGAAGAGCCUGAACCACCACCUGAGCCGGAAAAACCCGUGAAUGACAAACCUCACAAGUUCAAGGAUCAUUACUUCAAGAAGCCCAAGUUCUGUGACGUCUGUGCCCGCAUGAUUGUCCUCAACAACAAAUACGGCCUGAGAUGCAAGAACUGCAAAACCCACAUUCAUCAUCAGUGUCAAGGUUAUGUAGAAUUUCAGCGCUGCUUUGGCAAAAUUCCCCCAGGUUUCCGUCGUGCUUACAGCUCCCCGUUGUACAGUGCCCAACAAGUUGCUAACCGAGGUGACCCUGUGUUUGAGACGCUGCGGACGGGUGUUGUCAUGGCAAAUAAAGAGCGCAAGAAAGGACAGGACGACAAAAAGAACCCAUUGGCUGCUAUGAUGGAGGAGGAAACAGAGGCCCCUAAGGAAGAGGGUAACAAACCAGAGGAAGGAAAUCCAGAAGGCCAGAAGCCUGAGAAGAAUGCCCCCGAUGACAAGAAUAAGAAGCAGCAACCUGGAUUCCAACAGUCACACUAUUUUAUUGCAUUGUAUCGCUUCAAAGCCUUGGAGAAGGAUGACCUGGAUUUUCAUCCCGGGGACAAAAUUGUCAUUGUGGAUGACUCCAAUGAAGAAUGGUGGCGGGGCAAGAAAGUUGGAGACAUUGGGGACAAAAUUGGAUAUUUCCCACCAAACUUCAUUAUCCGGGUGCGUGCAGGAGAACGGGUACACAAGGUGCUGCGUUCCUUCGUGGGCAACAAAGAGAUUGGACAGAUCACACUUAAAAAAGAUCAGAUUGUGGUGCAGAAAGGUGAGGAACUGAAUGGCUACGUGAAGGUCUACACAGGCCGCAAGGUGGGGCUCUUUCCUGCCGACUUCCUUCAAGAAAUCUGAGGCUUUGUUCUGCCCUUUGCAAUGGUUUUGUGGCCAGGGCCAAGGAAGGCCAAGUUGUUUCUUUGGAGAGAGAUUCCCGGCUGCCAAGAACUCUCUGCAGUGGAGUUGGGUUCUGUGAGUUCCUGUGGCCCAGAGUGAAGAUAUCCCACCAAGACCUGCAUCUCUGAGAUAGGAUUCAAGGAAAAGAGUGCACAUCUGAAGGGUCUUGAACUCUGGUUGGGUGACAGAUUCCUGAAUGGGUUUAACCAUUGUCCCUUGAUGAUGUAGCCAUGGUGGAGCUAGGAUGCAGCCAAAGCUGUAAUGCUUCCUGUCUGCAAAUGAAAGUGGAUAGUGAUUGUUCACGUUGACUGCCGGACUUGACAAAAUGACAUUUGCUGCUCCUGACCCUUGCAAGUGGCACCUUGCUUGUGUGUGCAUGCUUGUGUUUACUCAAGAGACAAUUCAAGUGGCUGUCCUUAUUCUGACAGUGGCAGGUCUGGCUCCUGGCGGUACUUGGGUUGCUUUGUUUUUGUCAUGUUUUGCCACUACAUGUUAUCUCUCUUGAUUUUGCAAUGUCCUACCAACCUUGAGAUAAAGGUGGAAGGUUUGAGAUGAUCAUCCAACAAAAUGGCUGAAUUGUUUGGGAGGAUUAUGGACUGCUCAACUCUAGUUAUGUUGAAAUAAUACACCUCUCUCAUUAUCCUCUUCAUAUAUUUUCUUACCAUUGUACUGGUUUUGGCUGUGAGAGAGACCUGAUGUCAUAUAAAAUAGUAAUUUUGGCAGCAUACAUUUAUAUACCUUUCUUUGUAUAUAUCCACGGUCAUGGCAUCAUCUGUUGACACAUGAUUGGGAAAAGGGUAGACUAAUGACCUCAUCACAUGUGAAAAUUUUAGUGUUCUAGGAUGCUUCUGCCACAGAGCCCCACACCACCCUUCACAUGGCAUAGACUCACUUCUCGUGGGGUUUUGUGGCUCAAAUGGGUUAGAAGCAUCCUUGGAUGCUGUGCCACCAACACCAGAGCCUCCUUGCAUUCCAUUUGGAACAGAGCUAUCGCAAAGGGAAGCCACGUGGUGACACUUCCCACGUGAUGGGGAAGCAUCAGCUUCUGGUGAGGUGGAGUGCCGGGAUUGCCCUGUUGCCCCCUGAUUUGUCACACAGGCUGGCAAAUUGAUCUGGAGGACCUCAUCAAUGUGAUGAGGUCCGUAGUCACCAAUAACCCGACCAUAGUAAAAUGAGGGCAGCCAAGUGUGGAAGAAGAAUACUUUCUGCUUCUGCACUUUGAGACAAUUCAGGAGCACCUAGAAUCUUGUAAGGAGAUUUCCAGAUGUUAAGAGAAUGAGGCCACAGAAGGUAACUAAGUGAUACCUGGACACCCUCCCUUUGUUCUACUGAAGCUAUAUCUCAAGUGGCCAUCUGUACAUCUCUCUCAAUGGAAAGAGAUGCUAUGCAUAUCUGGAACUCAUAAAUCUCUUGGUGGUGAGAGAUGGUGAGAGGUUCUCCCACAUCAAGAGAUUCUCCCCCAUGCAAAUUCUGUAGUACGCAUAUUUGUAAUAUCUGAAGUUAUCUCACUGAGAUAUCCCACCAAGACCUGCAUCUCUGAGAUAGGAUUAACACUAUGAUUGGGAGGGAUACUUAUUGUUCUAAUUGGGCUAUUGGAGAGCACUUGGUGUUGGUAAUGAUAGUGCUCUGGAACCUGGUAUGUGAGCAGGCUGCACCAAGAUAUUGCAAGUUUCAGGGUUGCUGAGAGAGUUUACUUGAUAAAUAGGACUUCUGUGUAGAGGUGGCACAAGGUUCAGUCACCCUAGUGGAACACAACCCCUUACCUUCUUUCCAUUCAUGAGUGCUUGCAUAGUAAAAUCCAUAUUCCUUAUGCUCAAAGGUUGCAUGCCAAGCUUUGUUUUCAUCCUUUUCCAUUGAUGUAUUCAUGCUUGUUUUCAUGAAGGCCAAGAAGACCAUCAAGAUUGUAGACAGUGGCCAUGGCUUUCAGCUAGUAACACCCACCAUAGCAUCCUUGUCCCAAAUCAUGCUUACUUUCUUUGUACAUAUGUAAAUUGUACUUGGUAGUAGUUCUCUUUCCAAUAUGGAGUGUUCAGACCUCCACAAGAUAGCAGCAGUUGUUUCCAAUUUCCCCUCCCAUAUUGUCAUCUCAUUAACCAGGUCUUCACAGCCAUCCAUGAACUUCUCUAGUUCAGAGACAUCCAUGGACUACUUCUAGUUCAGAGGGUUUUACUGUACCCUGGUUAUUCACUGACUGUGAAUACCCUCAAGGCACCAGAUCUCAACAGAUCUUAGAAACUAAGUAGGGUCAGCCCUUGAUGUGAAAUCACCAACAUAUACCAGGUGUUGUAAGCUAUAUUUCAGAGGAAGGAACUAGCAAACCAUCUCUGAGUAAGAAACAAAGUCCUAUGAAAUGCAUAGGUUGACAGGUGGCUUGAAGUCACAUAGACCAAUAAAUAAUCCCAGUCUUUAAGUCCUUGAGUAUUUUUUUUCAUCAUAUUUUAUGACAGUUUUAGGGCUAAAGGUAGAGUACUUUUCUCAUGUUGUUAUGUGCCCACAAGAGGGUGCUGACACACCCAAAAGAAUCUGCUGUGUAGAAAUGUUAUCUGUUUCAGUCUUAUCUCUUUCCAAAUCCUAUGAUGUACACAUAUAUAGUGGAGUGUACUUUUUGUGUUAUAGAGUAGGUGUCUAAUCUAGUUAAGCAAAUUUUCCUUGUCUCUCAUCGAGUCCUUAUCCACUUUUAAUGGAUAAGGACUCAAUCAGAAGUAAUCAAUGCUUUUUCAGUCACUUAAACACGUUUGCUUAUUACUACUCCUGCACCCAAUUUAUCCCAAAGAAAUGAAGAAUGCUGACAGCCUUUCCAGACAGGCCCUAUAUCCCAGGAUCUGAUACCAGGUUUUCUGCUUUAAACUGGAUUAUAUGAGUCCGCACUGCUAGAUAAUCUGGGAUAAACAGAAAACCUGGGAUCAGAUCCUAGGAUAUAGGGCCUGUCUGGAAUGGCACUGAGGUUGUAUAAAAAGGGGCAUUUUAGAAUUAUUUGCUUAUUAGAUGAGAAUAAUCGGAAUUGUCAUUCAUUCAUCAACGAACCUAAAAGUGACAGGCAGACACUUACCUGCCCACCUUUUAAGACUGAAACAGGAUCUACUAAAUUCCUCAGUCAAAACACAAAAUAUGCAUAAGAAAUAAAAGUUAUUUAUUUAGAAAAAGCAGGAGAAAUAAAGUCAGGUAUGUAAGGUAAGGUGCACCCAAACCUGUCAAAGGUUUGAUGUUAAAUGUUAGUGAUCAAAGUAGAAGGUUUGAUAUAAGAGAUAAUCUCAUGAACAUGUGUAGAGUGUGAACACCACACUGAACCAAUGUACAAAUAAACAGUUUGGAAACGUUGUGAAAUGCUAUGUGCAAAUCACAUUCCUGGAGUACAGUUCAAGGAUUGGUGUAUAUAUGUACAUGGUCUACCUGUGUUGAAUGUACUAUGUAAUAAUUAGGAAGAAUUUCAGGCAGAUUUCAGGAAAAUGGAAACUGAGGGAUCCCUCCAUCUAAUGAAACAACCCCACCACGAGCACUUGGCAAUUCCAAUUAGGUAAGCUGGGGAAAGGGACAAAAGAAGGAGAUUCCACCUGAACAUUAGGAAGAACUUCAUAACUGUGAGAGCUGUUCAGCAGUGGAACUCUCUGUCACAGACUGUGGCGAAGGCUCUUUCUUUGGAGGCUUUUAAGCAGAGGCUGGAUGGCCAUCUGUCGGGGUGCUUUGAAUGUGAUUUUCCUGCUUCUUGGCAGGGGGUUGGACUGGAUGGCCCACAUGGUCUUUUCCAACUCUAUGAUUCUAUUAUCCUAAGAACAAAGGAGAACUACUUGCUGCUAUAGAUGUAUGGACUUCUAUUAGUUUUUGUCUUUUGCAAUGUUGUGAACCUAUGUGACAUUUGAGUUGGCUGGUUUUGCCUAUGCUGCCUUUUAACUGAGCUGGGAUCUGAGUCAUGUGUGGGCAAAGAGGAGGAGAAGUUGGCAAAUAGGGUUAAUUUGCACUUCUUAAGAGAUGUGUGCAGGAAGUGUUUGCAUAGUUCUCUGAUCAGAUGAGAUGGCUUGAGCAAAGAAAACACGUACAAGUAGGGUGUUUGAAACUACUUUGAAUAUACAUCUCCGAAAUCUUUUCAGUACUUCUGUGAGUGGGUGAUGGGAUGGGGAAAUGGACAGUUAAGAUGGAGUUAGAUUAGGGUAAGGCAAGAGAAUUUGAGCAUAUAUUGCCUCGAAUACAAGCAUAUCCCAAUAUCUGCAAAUUUACAGCUGUCUCUUAGAACCUGAAGGACUGCAUUAUGAAAAUUAGGAAAAACUUCCUCACUGUGAGAGCUGUUCAGCAGUGGAACUCUCUCUCUGCCUCGGACUGUGGUGGAGGCUCCUUCUUUGGAGGCUUUUAAACAGAGGCUGGAUAGCCAUCUAUCAGGGGUGCUUUUAAUGCAAUUGUCCUGCUUCUUGGCAGGGAGUUGGACUGGAUGGCCUGUGACGUCUCUUCCAACUCUAUGAUUCUAUGAUAAGAAGCAGGAGAUGAGAUGCUACUGGGGUUUUUGGGGGUGUGAACAUAUUUGAAAAAAUGUCUGAGGACAUAGACCUAUAUAAAAUUGCAUAUAUAAAGCUAAGGAUAUAAUAUAAAUGUAUCUGUCUACAGUGUCCCCACAACAGUGGGGGAUUUGGUGUCUGGAGUAGAAUGUAAGCAUCUUGAGAUUCUCAAUCAUUCAUUUUUGUCUUUGUUUUCAAUAUGAAAAUCUCCAAUCCACAAACUCCAUUAGAGAUAAACUUGAAACAAUGUCUGAUCAUUGCCCUGUGGGAUUUGAAACUGAUAUGGGGCUGAGCAGGAAUUCUAGAUGUCAUGACAUGGCAUGACUUGUCAGUAUUCUUACUUCCUAGGAGCAGAAUAAAAUAUAUGAUCGCAGUAAACAAAAA